AUGGCUCGGACGCACUUCGUCCCAGCACGCGACUCCCGACAUCAUGCAGCUGUGGUCGCUUUGUAUCGGGCGCUUACCAGGACGGCGAAGAAGAUCACCCUGCCGGACCAUGUGGGUGUCGUCUCAGCACGUUCCUGCCCUAUACAAUCGAUACUGCGCCGCCGAUUCGAGAAGAAUGCCAAAGACACUAGCCCCAGGCUCGUUUUUGCCGCACUGACGGCUGGCUACAAGUUUCUAUCAUUCUUCAAUAAAUCUCAAGAUGUCAACUCGGCCGAACACCAGCAAAUCAGCCGCUCCUUACGAAAAAAUACAAGCCUGGAGAAACUCCAAAAUAUGUUUCAAGCGCAUAUCCUCGACCGCUGA